AUGGAUUUAACGGAUAUUACUACUGUCACUAUUGGCAUCAAUGAGUAUGUCAAUCUUUUUCAGUGGGCUAGAUAUGCUAUUUCAUCCAAAUGGAGAGGCACUCAGGAGCAAGGGUUUCAAAAUAAAUUAUAUAACUUGCAGAGUGUCUUGCAACGCCUCAGUGACAGUCUUCCAGCAAUGUAUGACCUCAUUAAUCGAGUGGAGUGGAGAAGCCACAUAGUUGGCGUGGCUGAGUUCCUUCCAAAACUCAAGGAUGCAGUCUAUGAUGUUGAAGACCUUCUUGACGAGCUCAGAUGGUACAACCAUAAGGUGAUAGUGGAGGGCAAUUCAAGCCAAUCAUCUAUUACUGACUUCUUUAACAGCUUCAUCAAUGUGAAUGAUAUCCAUGAAAGGCUAGAUCACAUUUCCAAUCGCCUAGAUAAGAUGGGGUUGGGUGAACUGACACCACGGUUUGACAGAACAGUCAGGCCAGAGACUAGCUCUUUCCCCAAUGAAACAAAAAUAUUUGGUCGUGACAUGGAGCUAAAGCAGAUAUUGAGAGUGCUCGGUGUGCCUACACAUAGUCAUUCGAAAAACAAGUGGGAAAGUCGUGCUAAUAAAUCAAGAUUACCCAAUCUUCCAGUUUCAUCGAUAGUUGGAAUUGGGGGUGUUGGAAAGACCACUCUGGCCCAACAUAUAUGUAGUCAUCCACAAGUGAAGUCUCACUAUGACACAGUAAUUUGGAUUUGCGUCUCAGAUGAUUUCGAUGAGAAGAGGCUAACUAAAGAGGCUAUAGAAUCAUGUCCCGAUAAAGAGGCAACAACUAACAAUCUGAAUUCUCUUCAGCUUGCUCUUUCUAAUGUAUUGCACAACAGAAAGUUCUUGAUUGUCCUUGAUGAUAUGUGGGAUGAUGCUUUGAAAGAAAAUGGUCAGUGCUGGAAGAGGUUUUGUGCACCUUUCAGAAAUGUGCUACAAGGAAGUAUGAUGUUAGUCACCACUAGAUCUCGAAAAGUUGCUGAUUUAGUACGCACAAUGGAGCCAAUUAUAUUAGAGGGUUUAAAGGAUGAUGAAUUUUGGAAUUUCUUCAAACUAUGUGUGUUUGGAUCUGAGAGUUCCAAUGAUUUUCCAGAGUUGGAUCUCAUUGGUAGAAAGAUACUUCCUAAAUUGAAGGGCUCUCCUUUAGCGGCUAGAACUCUUGGACGUAUGUUACGGGAUGACCUUCGUACAUCACAUUGGAAUAAUAUACUAGACAGUGAAUUGUGGGAGUUGGACCAAGAGAGGACUGAAAUUGUGCCAGCUCUACGGUUGAGCUACAUAUAUUUACCAUUCCACUUGAAGAGAUGUUUUUCAUUUUGUGCUAUGUAUCCCAAAGAUAAGGAGUUUGAAAAGGACAACAUAGCGGAAAUUUGGGCGGCAGAAGGCUUUGUGAAAUGUCAAGGUGUUGUUCCACUUCAACAUAUUGGCUGUCAAUACUUUAAUGACCUUUUAAAUCGGUCCUUCUUUCAAGAAGUUCAAGGAAAAUACUUAAUCCAUGACUUGUUGCAUGAUAUGGCACAAAAAGUUUCCGAGGAUGAUUGUUUCAUUGUGAAAAGGGCGUCUGACUUCAAAAGGAUUCCUCAGAAUGUCCGGCAUUUGUCAGUACUCAAUGGCAAAGGCAAAUACAAUUUUGACUUGUCGAGCCUAUGCCAGUACAAAAAGCUGCGUACCCUUCUUUGCAACAAACCUUUGGGAAAUAAAAAAACCUCAGGUCGUUUGGUGGGAGAUUGGUGCAAUGAACUUCUGCGUAUGCGUGUGAUUGUUUGUGCAUCUUUGAAUGAGUUACCAGCUAGCAUUGGCAAACUGAAGCAUCUUCGAUACCUUGAGAUAUCAAGAUCUUGUUAUGUCACCAGUUUUCCUACAACAUUAUGUAGGCUCCAUAAUUUACAUGUUUUAUGUGUCAAGAAAUGCCAGGUAGAAAGCUUGCCUAGUGACUUCAAUAGGUUGAUCAACUUAUGGAGAUUUGAAUCACAGGGAUUUAAAUAUGGUCCAAAUAUUAGAGGAUUUCCAGAAGAAUAUUAUGGAGUACAUAUUGAUGCAGCCGAAGAUAAGUGUGGACUAGGAUGUAGGUUGAUAAAGAAUAUGAAGCAACUUCGUGGGCAUUUGGCGAUAACUGAUGUUUACAACCUAAGCAAGUAUCAUUCAGCAGAAGCCAAACUAAAGAAUAAGGAAUGUUUUGACAAGAUGACGCUGCAUUGGGGACAUCUGGGUAGAAUAUUCUUUGCCACUUUAGAGGAAAACGAUAUAGAAGUCCUUGCAGAUCUACAACCUCCUGCUAGUAUCAAGUCUCUAGUCCUUGACGGGUAUCCAGGUGUUGCCCCUCCGAGCUGGUUUGAGCCACAAAGCCUGUCAAGCUUAACAUCCGUUUCAUUUGUUUGUUGUAAUGGACUCGAGAUACUUAGCAGCACUGGUUUCUCGUCCCUGACAGAUCUAAUCAUUGAUCGUUGCAACCAUUUAUCAAGUCUCGAACAGCUUCUCCAUCCAACUUAUCUGCCAGCUAUCAAGAAAAUUGCAAUAAUGAGUUGCUGGAACUUAAUAACAGUAGGGACCGAAAGAUUUGGGGAUUUUCAUUGCCUUGAAAUAUUCAAGCUGAUGAAUUGUAGAAACAUAAACUCCGAGAGUUUGACUUCCCCAUCUCUCAAGAAGCUCGUGCUAGAUGGUAGCUGUGGGAAUCUCACAGACAAUAUCCAAUGCCGCUCUCUCACCAACUUUUACCUGACACACGGCAGUCUCACGUCCAUCCAACUACAUAUGUGGAAUCUUCCUGCUCUACAGGAAUUGCAUAUUAAAAAUUGUGAAUCUCUUACAUCUAUUGGAGAAGCUGGACAGGUCUUCCCCAACCUCACUUCCCUAACAAUCAGUUACUGCGUAAAACUGUCAACCAUUGAUGGUUUCCUAGAAAUAGAAUAUCUACCUGCCAUUGAGAGUAUUACAUUUCACUGCUGUCCAAAAUUGUUCAUGUACGGUAAAAGGUUUGGGGAUUUUUCUUCUCUGAAGAAUUUGGAAAUUUCUUAUUGCAAGGGUAUCAACUGGGAGGGAUUGGUGUUAUUACCAUCGUCCCUCCAAAGUCUCCACUUAGAAGACUGUGGGGAUAUCUCUGUAUUUAUUCCCAGAUGCUUAGAAAACCUCCAAUCCUUGGUUUCACUAAAAAUAUUAUGGUGUUCGCAUAUAAGAUCCAUUCCAGGCCACCUUUGGAGCAGUACUCUCUCAUCACUCCAGGAAUUACAGAUUUACUAUUGUUCAAACAUUGUUUCUAUUGGUGGAGCAGAUGACAUUUCAGAAAUACAAAAUGUGUUGAUUGAGAGCUGUUACUGUUUGAGGGGUAUAGAGCAGCCCAUGAAAAGAGGCAGCUUCUUGAUAUCCAAGAAGCAGGAGCAGCCUGUGAAAACAAGCUCAAAUUCGGUCUGGUGUAUGCCCACGAGGGAUUGGUGA